AGCAAAGCAAAGCAAAACUCUGGUAUCAUUCGUGUUUGUACUGUCGUGUCGUCUACAAUCACCGUGUUUUAACAAUUUCCAAUCAUGGCUCCAGGAGGUAAAUCUGCAGGAAAAGCAAUGAAAAAAUCGUCCGGCAAGGCUCAAAAGAACAUCGCCAAAUCCGACAAGAAGCGCAAGCCAAAGAGGAAAGAAUCGUACGCCAUCUAUAUCUACAAAGUAUUGAAGCAAGUACAUCCCGAUACUGGCGUCUCCUCGAAGGCUAUGAGCAUCAUGAACAGUUUCGUCAACGAUUUGUUCGAACGUAUCGCCGCAGAAUCCAGUCGUUUGGCUCACUACAACAAACGUUCGACAAUUACUAGUCGGGAAAUCCAAACUGCCGUCCGAUUACUUUUACCCGGUGAAUUGGCUAAGCACGCAGUCAGUGAAGGUACAAAAGCCGUCACUAAAUACACCAGUUCCAAAUAAAUUGAUAUUCAUUUUGGGAAUCCUGACAAUUAAAACGGCCCUUUUCAGG